AUGGCCAACAAAGAUGAUAAUCGAUCCACUAACGAGCUUUCAAGAUCAUCUUCUCAAGAGCAAAGAAAGUUGCCCUCUGUUAAAACAGAAGAAUCUCAAUUUGAUCCCAUCAAAAGUUAUAGUAAAAGGGGAGAGACGUCUUCCAAAAGAAGCUCCGCGUGUCUUGAUGAGUCACUGACACUAAAGACCGAAGAUCCUUAUGUGUUGAUUCAAACGGAGAUGCCUGAGAAGAGGACAUGUGAGGAACCUCAUGGAACUGCAGAUUUAUGGCGAGGGAAUGUUGUGGGACGAGAGGCAAAGGAGCUAUUUGAGGCUGUCGAGCACCGCUACCCCAACACAUUUCAACGGGUCCAGAUUCGUGUGACACCGUUUUGGUUAGGCAACUUGAAAGAACUCCAUGCAACCAUUAAACGUUUUAUGGGAUUAACCGUGGAUACACUGGCUCAGGAGCAGAUAACCGGUCUUUGGCAAGAUUUUAAAGACUUGGAGGCUUUAGGAUUCGAUCUCUCGUGGGCCCACAAGAGGCUAAACAUGGUUGCUAGGCUCAAGUUUGGAAACGAGCCUUUACAGAAAGAGUUGAUGGCCUUAGAACAUUCGUUAGGGCCGCUGAAGGAGAGAGUUGAUGAGAUAAUGAAGCAGUUAUUGAAAGCUCAUGAUAUGUAUAUGAAGGCACUGUCAGAAUAUGAAAAUGCUACAAAAGCUCGAAACAAGAAAGUAGAAGAGAUGACACGAGUGUUCGGACCUGACUUUGAUCGCGUAUUACAGGAUCGUCUUGGUUAUGGUAUGCUGCCGGGUUACUAA